UGCAUCUUACAGGCAGCGUAGUCCCCAGCAGGCAGUUCCCGACUGGGAACAGGAACCACGCGCAGAAAUAUAUCUGUACAGGUCGUAAUUUGAAGUUUUAAAACCAAUGUGACUGACAUAAGCAAUGAGUAUUACUCCCCUAUUUAAAAAAUCGCUUAUUAACGAAGGGAAUUGUUUGGGCAUUAGUUGUGUAGCAAUCGGGCACAGCCGUCGAGGGCCAAGCAUAUUGCAAAAUAACAUAUUGCAAAAUAUUAAAAAUGCAGCAAUAAAGAUUUUCUUAACUUAAUAUAUAGGAAAAAAAAGUGAUUAGAGCACAACAUCGAACUUCAAAAAUGAAAUUAAAAAAUAGUGGGGACGUAAAUGUGCAGUCAAACGCAGAAGUUAAGAAAAGUAAGCGGCUGCACGAGAUGGCCCCUGACGGCUCGGCCGAGGAGCCAAGAGCCUUCCCUCUCAUUCCCGAAGAAGACGAAGAAGACGAGGCUGAGGACAACCUGGGCGCGGCAGAAGGAGUGAAAGUGGUGCCCGACGGAGGCUGGGGAUGGCUGGUGGCCCUCGGGAGCUUCAUAAUCAUGACUCUGGUGCUGCAGCUGAGUCCGUGCUUCGGCAUCCUGUUUUCCCGGUACCUGCUUGAUCUCGGCGCCUCCUCCAUCACCACCGCUUGGAUCUUCAACGUCGAGUGCUUCCUCCUGUACGUCAUGGGCAUGAUCGUGAGUCCUCUCAGUAAGGAGUUCGGCUGGCAGAAGGUGGGCAUCCUGGGCAGCGCCCUCACCUCCCUCUCGAUCAUCAUCUCCGCCUUCUCUCCCUCGCCACAGUUCCUCUUCUUCUCCUUCUCGCUGCUGAGCGGCAUCGGAAGCGGCCUGGCAGUGUGCAUGUGCUUCAUCAUCGUGCCGGUGUACUUCGACCGCAGGCGUGGCAUCGCGAAUGCAAUAAUGAUGGCAGGCAUAUGCAUGGGCGAGAUCAUAGGCCCCCCAUUUAUAAGAUAUCUUCAAGACGAAUACAGCUUCAAAGGAGCAACUUUAAUACUGGGCGGUGUUAUCUUGAACGGCUGUGUUGGAGCAGCGUUCUUUCACCCCGUAGAGUGGCACAUGAAGACCGUCUCGGAGACGCCCAAAGGAAGUCAAGAUGAAGAGGAAGACAAUGCGUCGACAAGCAGAUCCAUUGCCCGCGCCUACAACAGAGUCACUUCCACUUCAUCCCUAGGAAUCAGACCCACGUACUCGGAUUUACUCAGCAUCAGGAAAGUGGCGUCUGGCGCUUCCCUGGCUUUCUCCAAGACGUACUCCGGCAUAUCCCUGAGGGGCAUCAGUGAGGGCCAGGAGGAGGAGAGUGGCCCCAUCCACCCCCAGAUCAGGAGGACCGCGAGGCACCGCUACGUAAGCGAAUGCUCCUACGACUCGGUUCCCUCAUACUAUAACUCUACUCUGUCCAUCUCUUCCAUGGCACUCGCCAAUCACGCCGCAAUCUCUGCCAUCAGGGAGCGAGAGAAAGCCCUGGAGGCUACCGAAAGCAGCGGCAAAAAAGGCGGCAACACUCAGCUGCAUCGCUUGCUGAGCAGUGUCGUUGCAGAUGUUAAGAUUCUUACUUAUUCCUUGCGCGCAAUCAUUAUAUCAAUUGCAAGCUCAUUCUAUGCAAAUGGCUAUUUGAAUUUCAUAAUGAUGGUGCCCUUUUCAAUGCAAGCAUCAGGUUAUACGCUCCAAGAUUCUACUUAUUGCCUUUCUGUGGCUGCCAUUUGCAACUUGAUAUCACGCUUAUCGAUGUCACUGUUAUCUGACUGGCCGUGGUUUAACAUGAGGCUGUGGUAUUUGGGCGGCCACGUCGUCCUUGGGGGCGCGAUGGCAGCGUUCCCUCUUCUGCCGAGCCUGACGUGGAUGCUGGUGGUCAUGGGCAUGCUGGGCCUGGGCAUCGGGUCCAGCAUGAGCCUCAACACUCUCAUCAUCAUCAACAUCGUGGGCCUAGACAACCUGGCGCCGGUGUUCGGGGCUUCCUCCCUCGCCGUCGGCGUUGGCUUCGUCGCCCUCGGGCCCGUUAUCGGGUCAAUCCGCGACGCAACAGACAGCUACGUGGUGAGCAUGUGGAUCUGCGCCGGGAUGAUCAGCUUCAGCGGCAUCCUGUGGUUCUUCAUGCCGGCUGCAGUGGCGUACGAUGCCCAGAGGGAUGAGCGCAAGGGCCGGGGUGACGAGGGGGUGUAG